GGCCAUGUCAUCACCUUACACCGGUUUAUUUCUGGGGACUGAUUGGCAGUAACUGGACGGGGUCGGGGAGUUAACGGACACCGGAGGGCGGGCUGAACUAUCCCCGUGGGCGGGUGGGUGUAGCCGAGGAGUGCGCGUGCGCUCACGGUGCUCGUGACGUUCCGGUGCUAACCGACGGAGUGCUCUACUACACACCGAGAAGAAGUAGAGCGAGAGCGGCAGAACACCAGAGGGACGCUGGACGAGGAAGAAGUGGCCAGUCCCUUAAUAUAUUAAGACAAAACCUGGGGAAACGAGAGCUGCUUGUUUUUCUCCUCAGUCGGUGAAUGUGUUUGUAUUUGAAACAUGUCACUAUGACAACGUUUGGAUUUCACACAGUAGCCUUCUUCUUCAUCAUCUCAGUAACAGGCGCUGCUCGGUAACGUUAGAUAUCAUAACCACAGCAGUCGCGUAGGACUGUCAGUCGUCAAGCCUUGUAGAAAAAGAAGCCGUAGAAGACCGUCAUGGAUCAGAGACUUGAUACAGUGAUCAGCUAGCGUCUUGUGCACCCAUUCUUCAAGAUCAGAGGAGAAAGCGAAGACAGCGCACCUGGAGCAGGAUGGAUUUGAGCAGCAUCAGGAAGCUCAUCACUCGAUACUGUACAGGGGAGGAGAGCUGGGUGGACAGCAGGACAGUUUAUAUUGGACAGAAAGAGCCUCCACCAGGAACAGAAGCAUACAUUCCACAGAGAUUUCCUGACAACAGAAUUGUAUCCUCAAAGUAUACUUUCUGGAAUUUUAUACCGAAGAAUCUCUUUGAGCAGUUCAGAAGAAUCGCCAAUUUCUAUUUUCUGAUCAUCUUUCUAGUGCAGCUGAUCAUUGACACACCUACCAGUCCUACGACCAGCGGUCUGCCUCUUUUCUUUGUCAUCACUGUCACAGCCAUUAAACAGGGCUAUGAGGACUGGAUCAGGCACAAAGCGGACAACGCUAUAAACCAAUGUCCAGUCCACGUCAUCCAGCAUGGCAAAGUUGUACGCAAACAGAGUCAAAGGUUACGGGUGGGUGAUAUUGUCCAGGUUAAAGAGAAUGAGACAUUUCCAUGUGACCUCAUACUGCUCUCCACCAGUAGAGAAGAUGGAACAUGUUUCGUCACGACAGCCAGCUUAGAUGGAGAGUCCAGCCAUAAGACCUAUUAUGCAGUUCAGGACACAAAGGCAUUCAACACAGCGGAGGAGGUGGACACACUACACGCUACUAUAGAAUGUGAACAACCCCAGCCAGACCUGUACAAAUUUGUGGGACGCAUCAAUAUUUAUUUGGAUCGAGAAGAGCCCAUCGCAAGACCCCUGGGUUCUGAGAACCUGCUGCUACGUGGAGCCACACUGAAAAACACAGAAUACGUACAUGCUGUGGCCAUCUAUACGGGCAUGGAAACCAAGAUGGCCCUCAACUACCAGUCCAAGUCUCAGAAACGCUCUGCUGUUGAAAAGUCUAUGAACGCCUACCUGAUCGUGUACCUCUGCAUUCUGAUCAGUAAAGCUCUGAUCAAUACUGUCCUGAAGUAUGCCUGGCAGGCCAACCCAAACCGAGAUGAGCCCUGGUACAACCAGAAAACUGAGACUGAGAGGCAACGGCAUGUAUUAAUCCGGGCAUUCACAGACUUCCUCGCCUUCAUGGUUCUGUUCAACUACAUCAUUCCUGUGUCCAUGUAUGUGACUGUGGAGAUGCAGAAGUUCCUUGGCUCGUACUUCAUCCUGUGGGACGAUGACAUGUUUGACGAGGAGCUCGGAGAGGGACCGCUCGUCAAUACCUCAGAUCUCAACGAGGAACUUGGACAGGUAGAAUAUGUCUUCACAGACAAGACUGGUACUUUGACAGAAAAUAACAUGGAGUUGAGGGAGUGUUGUGUGGAUGGGCAUGUUUAUGUGCCACAUGCCAUCUGUAACGGGCAGAUCUUACCUGGAGCUGCCGAAAUGGAUAUGAUCGACUCCUCUCCAGGCGUAGAUGGAAAGGAGCGAGAGGAGCUGUUUUUCCGUGCAUUGUGCCUCUGUCACACAGUCCAGGUGAAGGAGGAGGAGACGGUGGAUGGCAUUAAGAGAGGAAUCCAUCAGGGCAAAUCCACCUCCUUCUACAUCUCCUCCUCUCCAGACGAGGUUGCACUGGUGGAGGGCAUGAAAAGGUUGGGCUUCACCUAUCUCCGUCUGAAGGACAGUCACAUGGAGAUCCUCAACAGAGAGGAUGAGAUGGAGAGAUUUGAGCUGUUGGAAGUGCUGAACUUUGAUUCAGUGAGGAGGAGAAUGAGUGUUAUCGUAAGAUCAAGCUCAGGAGAGUACUAUUUGUUCUGUAAAGGGGCGGAUUCUUCUGUUUUCCCACGGGUGGUUUCUGGAAAGGUGGAGCAGGUCAGAGCGCGAGUAGAGCAAAAUGCUGUGGAGGGCUUACGGACUCUUUGUGUUGCUUAUAAGAAGCUGACUCAUGAGGAGUAUGUGGAAACGUGCCAUCUCCUCAACAGAGCUAAACUAGCUUUGCAGGAUCGCGACAAGAAACUGGCUGAAGCUUAUGAUGUCAUUGAAAAGGAUUUCAUCCUGCUUGGAGCCACGGCUGUGGAAGAUAGGCUGCAGGAUAAAGCAGCCGACACCAUUGAGUCCCUGCACAAGGCUGGUAUGAAGGUUUGGGUCCUCACAGGGGACAAAAUGGAGACGGCAGCAGCCACAUGUUAUGCUAGCAAGUUGUUCCAUCGCAAUACACAAAUCCUGGAACUGACAACCAAGCGGACAGAGGAGCAGAGUCUCCAUGACGUCCUGUUCGAUCUGAGCAGAACUGUCUUGAGACAGCAUGGCAGCAUGACCAGGGACACUUUCUCAGGGCUCUCAGGUGAUUACCAAGACUAUGGUCUGAUAAUCGAUGGGGCGACACUCUCAGCUGUUCUGAAGCCACCACAGGAAGGAACCAGCAACGGAGGGAACUAUAAGGAGAUUUUCCUGGAAAUCUGCAGGAACUGCAGUGCUGUUCUCUGCUGCCGCAUGGCACCCUUACAAAAAGCACAGAUUGUUAAGAUGAUAAAAACAUCAAAAGAACGCCCCAUCACACUGGCCAUCGGGGACGGAGCCAAUGACGUCAGCAUGAUUCUGGAAGCUCACGUGGGCAUAGGGAUCAUGGGUAAAGAGGGGCGUCAGGCGGCCCGUAACAGCGACUAUGCAAUUACCAAAUUCAAACAUCUGAAGAAGAUGCUGCUGGUACACGGACACUACUACUACAUCAGGAUCGCUGAGCUGGUCCAGUACUUCUUCUAUAAGAAUGUGUGCUUCAUCUUCCCUCAGUUUCUCUAUCAGUUCUUCUGUGGCUUCUCUCAGCAGCCACUCUAUGACACGGCAUAUCUGACCUUGUACAAUAUAAGCUUCACCUCAUUACCCAUCCUCCUCUACAGUCUGAUGGAGCAGCACAUCAACAUGGACAUCCUCAAACGGGACCCUACUCUCUAUAGAGAUAUUGCCAAGAAUUCCCUCCUGAGAUGGCCCACCUUCAUCUACUGGACAUUUCUGGGGGUUUUUGAUGCCUUGGUCUUCUUCUUUGGUGCUUUCUUCCUUUUCGACAACACAACCUUCACCAGCAAUGGACAGCUAAUGGCCACCAACACACAGAUGAUGUUUGGAAACUGGACCUUUGGAACACUGGUAUUCACUGUCCUGGUGUUCACGGUCACACUAAAGCUUGCCCUGGACACACAUUACUGGACGUGGAUCAACCACUUUGUCAUAUGGGGGUCACUGCUUUUCUAUGUCAUCUUCUCCCUCCUGUGGGGAGGCAUCAUUUGGCCUUUCCUGAACUAUCAGAGGAUGUACUAUGUGUUCAUGCAGAUGUUGUCCAGCGGUCCUGCAUGGCUCAGUAUCAUUCUGCUGAUUAUAGUCAGUCUUCUGCCUGAUGUGGUGAAGAAAGUGUUGUGUAGAGCUCUUUGGCCCACCACCACAGAGAGAAUACAGAAUGCCGAUAAGUUAUAUAAGGGCCACCUGUCCGAGUUCACCCCCCUGUCCUCCCUCCAUGCUCCACCUGUGCGGAAACACGACAGACAAGGCAACGAAAACCAGAACCACACCCAUCGCAGAACAAACUGGUGUUGCUUUUGUGCAAACCUGUUAUCGAGGAACACUCCAUAGGCUGCAAUUGUCUUUGUCCGAUUGCAUUUUCUCGUGAUGAUGCCAGUCACCCAUUUCACCAUUUUAACCAUCAUCCAUGACAGAGAGAGAAAGCAGGUGAUGUCAAAGACUAUCAAGACCACUGUUUUGAUGGUUAUCCAAGCUUCUUGUGGGUAGGUGCCUUCUGGUGCUUUUUAACCUCAAUGUAUGUUCAUGCGUUCAGUUCAGUGAAGCGUACACAUACAUGUGUUUUCAUUGCCCGUCAGUCGGCCUGCAACGGAGAAUGUCAGAUUGAAAAAUGGCGUUAUGGGUAUAGAUAGUUUGUUAAAAGGUUUAAGGUGAUUUUGGGGGGUUAAUGUUGAUGAAAUGUCACAGAAUAGUAAAAACAGAAUGUCCUUUUUCAUGCACACAUUAUAUCUAUAUAUAGAAUAUAUUGAUGAGUAUAUUGAUGUCAAGGUUUACAAAGGCUGAGUGGAUGAAUGAAUGACAUAAUUGCCUAACAUGUCGACUGAAUAACUUUGUUUCUGGUCCAAAAGUGUAUUAUUUUAUUUGUAUGAAUGUAAAAUCUGUCAAAUACUGUCUAUUUUAUUGUUUAUCGAGGUCUGAACUUUGCAUGCCGUGUGAUGCCGUAGGACCAACCACUGAGCUUUAUCAAGCAUUUGAGUCAUAUUUUCAUUUAUAAAAAACACUUUAAUAAUUUUGGUUCACAUUUUCAGUCUAGUCCAAGAGAUUCAAAUCUACGAUAACGAGUACUAAUCAAUGCUGGCAAAUCUGAAACAAAACAAGAAUGUGCUUAUACUUAGAUUCUCAAAUUAUGAUUUUUAAGUAGCCUAGAUGAAUAAAAUAGGAGUAAACUAGUUCAUUUCAUGUUUUUUACUGUUAUUUUUGUUUUGCAUUCUACUGUAUUUCCUGUUUUUGUUCACUUUUACAGUUCUUUCUGGCUUCCUGAAUGUAACAAAGAAAAAAGCCGCUAUUGUGCACUAAACAAAAAUCGCAUAGCGUUAAUUGGAUAGCCGUGAAUGACAAGUACAAACUACCAUAGCUAAAAGAAGGUGGUUCUAGAACAAAUGUCCCUUCACAAAUGUUUUUUCUUCUUGUUUCUAACAAACUGUUGUUUUAAAUCAGAACAAUUUUUUUGUAAUGUAGGAAUAAUUUGAUAACUGAACGCUAUCUGCCUCAGGGGUGCGUUCAGGCACUGGCAAACACUGUAUUCUGUCUAAAAAGGCUAUAUGAAAUAGGUAUUUUGUAUAUCUUGUGAAAAAAAACAAAUCUUUUUGCUACUUUUGUAUCUAGAGGAUGAAGAGAUCUACUUACAGUUACAGAGUAAGAAUGUUACGGUUCAGUUCUAAAACAACCAAAUGUAAGGUCAUGGGAGAUGUCCACUUCAGUAAAGAUUAAAAUGUAAAAAAAUAGCUUUAACAGUCUGUUAUUUUUGUUUGAUGAUUUUAAAUAUUUUUGAGUUAGUUUUAAAAAUGAUGCAUGGUCAUUGCUCACACUGACUGUAGGAAAUCCACUCACUGUUUUUAAAGCAGGUGUGACCAAAUAUCUGAUUAGAUGUCUACUGCUAUAACUGAAGGCUUUAUUGCCUGUAGUGGGGCUUCAUCUGUGCCAGCCUAUUCAGAUUAACUAAAUAUCUAAAGCUUUUAUUGUUUUAUCUGCACAAAGUGUGAUGUUGCUCAUAAAUUUAUUAUAUAUACAAUAUAUAUGUAUACUACUGUACACUUUACAGCAUAUACGUAUGUAGUAAUAUUCAUGUACAGUUUGGGCUCCUUUUGUAUAAAGUUUUUAAAAAGUUGAUAAAGUAUCUGUAGAUAUGUGAAUUUUUGCCCGUUUUUUUUUUCUGUAGCUAUUAACGGCAAGAAAAAGUAAACAUGCUUGUAAAUAAAGAAAGAGAUUUAAAUGUUUGAAA